AUGCUGAAACGUCGGAAAUACGUCGAAAACCGGCGUUUCGACGAUAAGUCGGCGACUUGUCGCCGAUUUUUCGACAAAAAGUCGGCGACGCGUCGCCCGACGUCGAAAAAAAAUCCGAUCGGGUCGGGAAAUAAAACGAGAAGACAUUUUCUGAAACCCGUGAUUUUUUUUGACGCGCACGCGCACGACGUAGACUCGGCGAGUACGUCAAAAACCAGAGCCGGGCAUCGGUCGCCUUCGGCAACGUCCGUAUCCCCUCCCCGGACGCUGUCGACGGUGCCGACACGUUCCGUCCGAUCGGACGUCGAAACGCCGAAAACACGUCGAAAACCGGCGUUUCGACGAAAAGUUGAGCGACUUCGGUGCUCCGACAAAAAGUCGGCGACCCGUCGCCCGACGUCGAAAAAAAAUCCGAUCGGGUCGGGCAAAAAAAACGAGAAGACAUUUUCUGAAACGAGAGAUUUUUUUUAA